UAAAGCUACUUAUACAUGAACGUUUUCAUGCAAAAAUGAUGAAUAUGAGACUUGACACUGCGAAACUAGAAUAAUGGAAAGGAACCUGUUCAUAUGUUACCGACUUGUGUUAUAAUGAAGGCAAUAUACGCCGGGUUUCCCAAAACCGGGACCAAAACCAUUGAAGCUGUUUUCCGUGAGUUUGGCUACAACACUUAUGAUUUUCUGGAAAACUCGUACUAUCUUGGUAAAGAUUGGAGAAGGAUAAUCAAAGAUGGUGGAACAGUGGAAGAUUUUAGAAGAAUGUACAAAGAUGUGGACGCUGUGGUUGAUGGACCUUGCUUUAUGUUUUGGGAAGAAAUUUUGGAAGCUUUCCCAGAAGCUAAGAUAAUCUUUUCUGUGAGAGACGAAGAGUCAUGGCUACCAAGCUUCAAGAAACAAAUUCGUUCUCUUGCCACGAAUCAUAUGUAUGUGUUAAUGCAAGUCUUAUCUUACUCGGGAUGGAGACACUUUCAGUUUAGUAAUGCUUGUGCCCUAGUCCAGCUUGGUUCAACUAUAAACUGGCCUUGGUGUGAAUAUCCUUACAGCCCAACAGUGUGGAGGAGAAUAUACAGAAACCAUAACAACUACGUACUGCAUAACGCGCCAAAAGAUAAGUUAUUAAUGUUUGACUUUAAAGACGGUUGGGGACCAAUCUGUGAGUUCCUGGGAGAAGAAGUCCCAGACAAACCCUUUCCACACAGAAACAUUGGCGCAUCUAUCGUAAAAGAAUCCAUGGAGAGCCAUCCUAUUAUUGAAAAGAUGAUGCGAGAAGUAAAGUUUACUCUCGGUGUUCUUACUCUCAUUGGGGCGUAUGGUGGGUACAGGAUUUACCAAAACCCAGCAAGUAUAAGAGGUUGGAUCAACGCAGCAAUGACAAGAUUCAAGUUCUGGUGACUAUGUUUGGUUUUUAUGCAGUUGCAUCACUGUAAUCAUUCAAGAAUAAAUUUAAAAUAAUUUAUAUUAAAUAAUGCCCUGUUGUAUAUCUGUGUAAUAUGAUUACGGUAGCCCAAUAAAAUGCGGCGGCAAGGCGUA